CUCUCCGUUCGUCCUCAGUGCAGGAUAACGACGCGACGCGCUGCUCGUCUCCGCACACAACACCCGAAAAGAGGGAUUUCACCAUCAAAACUCGUCUCAGGUUUUCGUCUCCGCGACUCAUCCAGACCCUUUCGCCUUCGGAAAGACAUUAUUUUCAAAUCGAAGUUUGGACAAUCAUCAUUACCACUGCUGACUAUGGAUGUGAUAGUGCGUCGCUGUCCUUUCCUGACCCGUGUGCCUCAGGCCUUCUUGCAGCAGCCCAAAAAGUCUCUGGUGGCGUACGCGCAGCGAUGCCCCAUCAUGAUGGAGCUGGCAGCCAAGCCCAUGGCCCCCUCAAUGGCACGGGCACUCUGCUCCUCCUCCUCCUCCUCUUCGUCCUCUCACCAGACAACCGAGGACAUCAUGUCCCCCACCGAAGCUCCUAACCAGAAGGUGGAGUCCAAGCUGCCAGUUGGGCACCCUCUGCCUCCUCAGGGCCAAGCAGUGGCCUCCAAAUGCCCCUUCCUGGCUGCAGAAAUGGGCCAGAAGAACAGCGGCGUGGUCCGUCAGGUUGGCAUGGAGUUCCAGGAGGACGUGCAGGAGGUCCGCACCGUCCAGAAAGAAGUGCUGAAACAGCCACCCAUGGCCAGCGCCCCCAAAGCAGAGGAGAAACCUAGUUUGAUCAAGACGCUCCUGAAGCAGCAGCCGAAGAGAGUCACUCACUUGCUGCAGGACAACCUGCACGGAAGAAUGUCCCACUUCCAGUACGAUAAGUUUUUCGAGAAGAAGAUCGAAGAGAAGAAGAGCGACCACACAUACCGCGUGUUUAAAACGGUGAAUCGGCUCGCCAGCGACUUUCCGAUGGCCGACGACUUCACCGGCUCUCUGGAUGAGAAGAGGGAGGUCUCCGUUUGGUGCAGCAAUGACUACCUGGGCAUGAGCCGACACCCUCGGGUCGUGCAGUCCAUAAUAGACAACAUUAAAAAGCACGGUUCAGGAGCCGGAGGCACCAGGAACAUCUCUGGAACCAGCAAGUUCCACGUGGAGCUGGAGCACGAACUGGCCGACCUGCACAAGAAGGACGCGGCGCUGCUGUUCAGCUCCUGCUUCGUCGCUAAUGACUCCACCCUCUUCACUCUGGCCAAGAUGCUGCCAGGUUGUGAGAUCUACUCCGACGCUGGCAACCACGCCUCAAUGAUCCAGGGGAUCAGGAACAGCGGCGCCAAGAAGUUUAUUUUCCGUCACAAUGACGUGGCUCACCUCCGAGAGCUGCUGGGAAAGGGAGACCCCACAAAGCCGAAGAUCGUGGCCUUCGAGACGGUUCACUCCAUGGACGGUGCCGUGUGUCCACUGGAGGAGAUGUGCGACGUGGCCCACGAGUUCGGUGCCAUCACCUUCGUGGACGAGGUGCACGCCGUGGGUCUGUACGGCGCCAGAGGCGGGGGCAUCGGAGACCGGGACGGCAUCAUGCACAAGAUGGACAUCAUCUCAGGGACUCUAGGCAAGGCCUUUGGGUGUGUCGGCGGCUACAUCGCCAGUACCUCAUACCUGGUGGACACGGUGCGCUCCUACGCCGCCGGCUUCAUCUUCACCACCUCGCUGCCUCCGAUGCUGCUGGCCGGAGCCCGGCAGUCCAUCCAGGUCCUGAAGGACGAGGAGGGCCGGGCGCUGAGGCGGAAACACCAGCGCAACGUCAAGCUGCUGCGGCAGAUGCUGAUGGACUCGGGCCUGCCGGUCGUUCACUGCCCCAGCCACAUCAUCCCCGUCCGGGUGUCGAACGCCGAGAAAAACACGGAGGUGUGCGACCUCAUGAUGAGCCGCCACAACAUCUACGUGCAGGCCAUCAACUACCCCACUGUAGCGAGAGGAGAGGAGCUGCUGCGGAUCGCUCCCACCCCUCACCACACCCCCGAGAUGAUGAAAUACUUUGUUGAGAGGCUGGUGCACACCUGGAAGGAGGUGGGCCUCCCUCUGAAGCCCCACUCGUCCGCAGAGUGCACCUUCUGCCAGCAGCCGCUGCACUUCGAGGUGAUGAGCGAGCGGGAAAAGUCUUACUUCAGCGGCCUGAGCCACCCGAUCUCCGCCCGCGCGUAGCGACGCUCAGCAUCGCCGGCCGCCGAUGGCACAUACACACUUAACCCCCAUUCCUCUAUCACUGUCAUAGAAUGUAUUAACUAUCUUUGAUAAGUCCACACAAACAUUAUUUAAAAUUAUCUAUGUCCAGAUGUUCUAUAUGCUCCAAAUAAAAUGUGUUAUAAAGAC